UCCACUUCACCCGCUCCUCCUCUCCAUUAUCCACUCGACCCACUCCUCCUCUCCGCCGCUGGCAUCCCCUUCUCCUCCAUCGAUGGCGACGACCUCCCUGGCGACCCACUACUCCAUCGACGGAGAUGGCGAUGGCCUCCUAAGGUAUGAAUCUGCCAACUCCUUCCUGUUCCUCUUCCUAUUGAUUAGAUUAGGGUUCCAUGGCACAUGCUGUUUAGGGUUCGAUUGUAGCCGAAGUAGAUCCACGGGAUCAAGAGGAGGCCUCCACCCUCUGCGUCCACGACACCCUCUGCAGUCGCCGCCCCACCCCCAGAGAAGUGAGAUGGCUGGCAUGGAAGGUUUUGAGUUCUUCGAGAUCGUAAUGGAGAAAUCUUGCAGUAGGCAGAGGCUGCCUCACAAGUUUGUGAAGAUGCUCGCCGGUCGUGAGCCCCACAAAGUGAAGCUGCGGGAGGCCGGUAGCAGGCGUCGCAGGCUAUGGGACGUGGUGGUGGUGUUCGACGGCGAAGGCCACAUGUACUUAGGGAUCGGCUGGGAGCAUUUCACCCACGCCCAUGAGCUGCAUCUUGGGCACCUCCUUGUCUUCCGCUACGAUGGCGACGCCAUGUUCACCGUGAAGAUGUUCGACAACACCAUGUGUUGCAUGUACUACCAGCACGAUGACGAUGCCAGCAAUGGGAGCAGCAGCGGGGAUGAUGAGGAGCAGAGUGGGAAAGAAGAGGAGCAGAGCAGGGAUGACGAGGAGCAGAGCGGGGAUGACGAGGAGUAGAGCAGGAAGGUGCAGCCUAUUCUGGCUGAUGACGACCUUGCUAUGGUGGUGGCUGACGACGACCCUGCUAUGGUGGUGGCUGACGACGAACUCGCGAUUGUGGUGCCUGACGCUGACUUCGCGAUGGUGGUGCCUAACGAUGACCUCGCGAUGGUAGUGGCGCAGGCAAUUCCACAGCUGGGCGAUAGGACCAUGCCAAUUAUGGUAGAGGAGUACAUCCGUGUCGGCAUUCGCCACUCUGAGCGCAUCAGGAGGAUGAAGGAGAAUAAGGAGAAGAACGAGUGAAGAUAUUAAGAAAUCAAGUGGGACUGUUAAGUGGCAAUGCCAAGCUUAGUUUGAAUUUUGUGCAUGCUUAUGGAUGCUUAAGUAUGAAUAUACAGUUUCUUAAUUAUGAAUAUUCAGUUUGGUAAUUGAUGGGAAUUGAUAUUUU